AUUGGCGCUCUGUUCGGCGCCGCUCCCUUCUUUCUCCCCACUCUCUAGGGCCGCCAAAGUUUCCCGGCCUCCUCGUCUUCGCCCCCAAUUCUCCCGCUCCCCGCCGCCGCCGCCGCCUCGGAUCCUCGCCUACUAGAGAGCAGCACCGCGCCCGCCCGACCGCCUCGCGCGCCUCCCCCCCCGAAACCCUAGACCCCAGAGGAACCCGCAGCCCCGCCGCCGCAGCCCCGAUGCGGCGGGACUUCGAGGAGAUCUCCGACGAGGAGUGGUCGAACCACAACUUCAAGCCCUCCCGGGUCCUCAAGCGCCCCCACCGGAGCCCCCAGCAGCCGGCCGGGCGGCCUCCCCCUCCCAUCGAUUCGUUCCGCUACGAUCCCAAGCCUUCCUCCGCUGUCGGCACCAGCAACGGCACCACCGUCGUCCUCUCCGACGACGACGACUUCGACCUGGGGAAAGGCGCCAAGGCGCGCCGCGCCGAGAAUAGCUCGCGCGUGCUCAAGCGCCCCCAGCACAAAAGCCCGCCUAGGCGGGCCACGGCGUCCACCCAAUCCUCCCGGCACAACAAUAAACCCCCCAAGGCCGCCAUCCCGGUGGCGCUCUCCGACGAGGACUUCGACCCCGAAGACGAGGAUUUCGGCCUCCCCGCUUCGAGGAGACGGCCACGCCCUUCCACUGGUCGACGGCUGGCAACCGCCUCCAUUGACCUCUCCGAUGAAGAGGAGGAUCUAGACCUCACAUUUGAGGACUCUGACCUCGCGGACGAUGACUCUGACCUCGCAGAUGACGAUUCCGACCACCCUGCUCCGAGCUCAUCACGGCCGCGCCGCACCACUGGUCGCCGAUUCGUGAUCGAGGACGACGAUGACAGUGAUGGCUCCGUGGCUGCUGGUGUGGUGGAGUUAGGAGAUGAAGAAGAGGAUGAUGGGGUGAACUGGUCGGAGUUGGAGAACGAGGAUGAUGAAGAUGGGGAUUACAAUGGGCAGAGUCGUGUGAAGUCCGAGGAGGUGGAAGGGGAUGUGGUGGGGAAGGCAUUGCGCAGGUGCUCGCGGAUUUCGGUUGAUCUGAGGCAGGAGCUGUAUGGUUCGUCAGCACGGAAUUGUGAAAGUUAUGCUGAGACAGAUGCCUCCACCGUCCGGAUUGUCACUCAGGAAGAUGUGGAUGCCGCAUGCACAAGCGAGGACUUGGAUUUCAACCCGGUGCUGAAGCCAUACCAGCUUGUGGGGGUCAAUUUCCUUCUACUGUUGCAUCGUAAAGGCAUCGGCGGAGCAAUUUUGGCCGAUGAAAUGGGUCUUGGCAAGACAGUCCAGGCUGUGACUUAUCUUAAUCUCUUGCAACAUCUAUAUAACGACCCAGGUCCACACCUUGUAGUUUGCCCAGCUUCAGUGUUGGAAAAUUGGGAAAGGGAACUUAAGAAGUGGUGUCCUGCGUUUUCGAUCAUCAUGUUUCAUGGUGCUGGAAGGGCUGCCUUCUCAAAGGAGUUGAAUUCCUUAGGCAAAGCAGGCUGUCCAGCUCCAUUUAAUGUCCUGCUUGUUGGCUACUCGCUCUUCGAAAGACGGAGUGCUCAACAAAAGGAUGAUCGCAAGGCACUCAAAAGAUGGAAAUGGAGUUGUGUAUUGAUGGAUGAAGCACACGUGCUAAAAGAUAAGGGCAGCUUCCGAUGGAGAAACCUUAUGGCUGUUGCUCAACAUGCUCGUCAGCGGCUAAUGUUGACCGGAACUCCACUUCAAAAUGAUUUGCAUGAGCUAUGGUCACUGUUGGAGUUCAUGAUGCCCGAUAUAUUUGCCACUGGAGAUGUUGAUCUCAAGAAGCUAUUGAACUCAGAAGACCAUGAGUUAAUUUCACGUAUAAAGUCCAUUUUAGGGCCAUUUAUUCUUAGGCGCUUGAAGUCAGAUGUUAUGCAGCAACUUGUCCCAAAGAUGCAACAUGUUAACUUUGUCUCCAUGGGUUCAGAGCAGUCUAAGGCUUAUAAUGGUGCCUUAAAUGAUUAUCGUGCCAUUGUUGAUGCUCGUACUGCAAAGUCUUCUGUCCAAUUUCCUAAAAAUGUCGUUGGAUUAAUUCCAAAGCGUCAAAUAUCAAACUAUUUUAUGCAGUUGCGUAAGAUUGCGAACCACCCUUUGCUUAUAAGGCGCAUUUACAGUGACAAAGAUGUUGAUCGAAUUGCAAGGCUCACGUAUCCUAAAGGCGCAUUUGGUUUUGAAUGUUCAUUAGACAGAGCAAUCGAAGCGCUGAAGAACUACAAUGAUUUUGCUAUCCACCAACUGUUGAUUACAUAUGGUGAUACUGGGACAAAGGGUUGCCUAAAAGACGAGGAUGUUUUUGGAUCAGCAAAAUGUCAGGCCUUAGCAGAGCUUCUGCCUUCUUUAGUAAAUGAGGGUCACCGAUUUCUUAUAUUCAGUCAGUGGACCACAAUGCUUGAUAUCCUUGAAUGGGCACUGGAAGUAAUAGGAGUUACAUAUAGGCGUCUCGAUGGGGGCACCCCGGUAAUAGAAAGGCAGACUAUAGUGGACACUUUCAACAAUGAUCGCUCGAUAAAUGCAUGUUUGCUUUCAACUAGAGCUGGAGGUCAGGGACUGAAUCUAAUAGGAGCUGAUACAGUCAUAAUACAUGACAUGGAUUUUAACCCUCAGAUGGAUCGUCAAGCUGAAGAUCGUUGCCAUCGCAUUGGACAGCUGAAACCUGUCACUAUCUAUAGGCUUGUGACGAAGGGUUCAGUUGAUGAAAAAAUAUUUGAAAUUGCGCGGAGAAAGCUAGUACUAGAUGCUGCAAUUCUUCAGUCUGGAGCAGACUUAGAUGAUAGAACGGAUGUACCUGAGCAGACAAUGGGAGAGAUCUUGUCAUCUCUUCUCCUGGUGUGAAGAGCUUAAUUAGGGAGUGGCUUGAAGGUACACAUUCCACAUUUGUACCUGCGAAGGUGUCCUUAGUAAUGAUAGUUCUUCGCUUCAUUAAGCACCAUGCUGGUUUAUCCAUGGGGUCCUAAGGUGCUUUGCUUGAUGGUGCUCUUUUGCGUUAUACCUCAGUUGUUGGCAUCUGCAUUAUCUACUAUUUGGAUCUGUGGAUGAUCUUCUGCAACCUACUGGAUAGCCACACCGCUUCUCGUCGAUGUGCUUGAUCAGGGUGACAUACUGUAUAAGCAUGACAUAGCUCCAGAUAGGGCGGUAGGUUGUUUAGAAAGUGCUGAAACCAGAGUUGUCAGAACAUACAUCAGAACAUUUGUACUGGAUGAAUAUUGGAAGUACAUCCUGGUAUUAAUAAAAUGGAGAAUGGCCGAAGUUGCAAUUA